UCAGACUUGCCAGAAGAAGUACAGUUUAUCUGUAGGCAGUGCUGUUCAGAACAGGAGACGCUGAACUGGUACAAAGAGCUCAUGGAGGAGAUGGAAGCUGGUUAUGAACGGGUAAAGUCAAGUUUUUUUUUUGUAAACAAUAUUUACAACAGCAUUUGCUCUAAGAGCCUAAAGGGCUCAUCUAGAGUGCUUAUGCUGUUUGCCUUAAAUAUUCCAAAAAUAUAAAAUUUGUAUUUAAUAUACGUCACGAUUGAACACACGCACAUAAAAAAAGCAAAAAACAAGAAUAAAUAAAACACACACACAGCAACUAACACAAGCAAUUUGAUAGCAAAAUAAACAACUGGACAAGCUGAAACAUCCUAACGUUAAUUUGAAAAUCAGCAGUAGAAAUACCAUUUAAAAGUCAAUCGACUUAUUUCUUAUCUAAGGCACAAUGCCAUCUAUUUCUAACAAUUGGAAGUCAAGUUUUGUUACAUGACCUUACCCUCCUCACCUCUUCACACUCCAUUAUGCAUAAGGCCUCCACACUUCUCCUUUGUUUGUUUUCAGUAAUAAUAAAUUUUUAUGUGGGGACAGUACAUUAACCCAACGCCCAACCCACAGCAUGGUGGGCCAGUUGUUGCAAUUCGUCUGGCCUUUUAUCCAAAACCUGGCCAGCACAGCUGAACCCACCAGGGAACAUAGGCCCAACUGGUAUAGCUUCCACGUUCAUAAAGGCACACAAAUCUCCCACCAUGUUAAGGAGCAACACUUAGGGAGGUCAAGUUUUCUUACAUUACCCAAUAGAAAUGACAUUCCUAGAUAUGAUCUCAAGCGGUUCCGGAAUCGACAGGGUUCAUCUUGACCAUGAAGUUGGAGUGGAAUGCUUGGAAUAACAUCAUUGUUCAGAGCAGCCUGACUGAAUGGGCUUAAAAAUGAUGAUGAUGAUGAUGAUGAUGAUGAUGAUGAUGACGUGCACACGUUGUCCUUGAUUGAAUUAAUUUUUUAAUUUUCUUUCUUUUUCUUAGAUUUUGGAAGAAAUAAAAUCUUGCGAGGCUUAUAGUCUUUUCCAGUCUCACUUUGAACAGGUAUGCCAGUCAAUAAUAAUAAUUAUUGUUAUUGCCCUGCUCAUAAGUUAUUGCAACUAAUUGUCUCAGGACUUUAUCUAUAGAGCCUUUCAUUACUAAAAGAAACAUGCUUUGCCUACUCCUGUUUCAUCUUCCAGCUACAAGUGGACAAUGGGCAUCCUAAAGAUCUGGACAGUAUUUCAGCAAAAGUGAAAGAGAAAAAGUACAUAACUGUGGUAUGUAUGUUCUUCAUGUACAGGGAAAUCUUGAAUUAAUUGCUGGCAAGCACGAAUGAGACAGAACACUCUUCUUUAUUAAAUAGGUAAAAUCUAAACUUUUGUUAGGAUUGUUAGGUUUCUGACAAGUGAACAGUGUUGCCUCAUCAGGUGCCCAUUUCUUAAAGAUCCCAGUAUUUACUGGGCCCAGGGGGUUGUUCUAAGUUUGCUAUUUUUACAUUCAAGAACUGUAAGUGAUACAAAGCAAUUUAAGUUAUGCUCAGAUAAUGAAACAAAAUGCACCAGUUUGGAGGUUAGAGCCAACACUUUCUAACAAUGAUUCUUUAGAUCUUGAUUUUAAGCCUUUCACUGCCAAAUGUGGCCAAGGGCAAAUUUCGACCAAAUUUCCAAAUUUCAUUUUCUAAAAUUUUGGGAAACAAAUGACAUCAUGUCAAAGUACAGGCAGAGAGCUUUCAUUUGAAUGGUCACAUCAUAGGAUUUCAUCCAUAGACUCAAAAGUUAGAGUCACCUUACAAAACCCCAUCAAACACUCUGGCAGUGAAAGGGUUAAAAUGUGCCUUUGGCCUAAAAAGGUUGCAGGAAUUUAGAGAGACUGGCCUGUAGACACUUUGGUUAAUUAGUUUUUUUGCUGAGUCGAAGAGAAAUUGGGUCAAAGAUCCAUUAUUAACCACACAGUUGACACAGUCAAGGAAUGCAUCUACUUUUGAAUGCUUAACCUUCCCAGGCAAUGUUGCUUACAACUAAAAUAAUUUAAAAUCUUUCUCUGCUCUUUAUUCACUAUAUUGCUUUUGAAAUCUCAUUUCCCAUAACCUUCUUCUUCACACAUGUAGCUCUUACUGCUAGUAUCUUCUUCCAGUUCAAACGCCAGCACUCACUCUCAUGUUGAAACUCCUGUUUUACUUCAUCAUAAUCCAAGUUAGUGUAACCAGUAAUUCUUUUGGAGAGGCAAGAAUGCAUAUUCACAAAAUUUACUGACAUCUUAUAAACCCAACUGUGUUUGCUCUUGCAGGAAAGCUUUUGCCAUGACUUGAGGGGAAUUUUAGACAAAGUGUAUCGACUUGUAGAGGCUGAUCUUGAACUAACAAAACAAUGGUCUUCUCUUUUUGCAUCAUUUUGCAAGGUGAUUAUUUUGGACAUAGAUUACUGUGAUGUUAACUGAAAAGCUCAACGAGAAAAACAAACAUUAACUAAACAAAAAAGCAUUACUCCAAAAUCAUUCAAGGGUGCAAAUUGUUUUUCUGCAAUGUUCCCUAUUGUUUUGUUGUGGUUGCUUGAAAUUUUGUUUUAUUUUUAUCGUUCUUGUCAUUGUAUGUAUUUACGACCAUUAUUUGUUCUAUAUUUUAACACUCAGGAACUGGCGUUGAUGUUUCCUUGGCAUACACUGAAGGAUAAUAAGGAUACCAGUGAGAAUCAACCAGUACUUCCUCCCAAGUAAGCUAAAAAAAGUUUUGAUCUUAGACCUCAAAUGUAGUAGUGUAACGAUUAAUCGAAUUCUUGAUUAAUUGCGAUUAUGACCGUUCGGUUCGAUUCACGAUUCUUUGCUUCCACAUUUCAAUUUUGCUUUGAUUUUUCCAUAUCUUUUCCAGGUUGCCCUCAGUGAGUUAUUAUAUUGUAGUUCAUGCACCAUUUUGUGUUGCCUGGUAAAAAUGCUGUCCUUCAACCACUCCUUGAGAACCAUCUUUGUCAGGUUCUCAAACAGGCUAUGAACCAAGCGACUGUGAAUCCUCCUGUCCCUGUUACUAUUCUCAAAUUACAUUAUGUUAUAAGAAUUAAGAAACAUUUACAUAAUCGAAUCGAAACAAUCGAAAUCAANAUGCAUAUUCACAAAAUUUACUGACAUCUUAUAAACCCAACUGUGUUUGCUCUUGCAGGAAAGCUUUUGCCAUGACUUGAGGGGAAUUUUAGACAAAGUGUAUCGACUUGUAGAGGCUGAUCUUGAACUAACAAAACAAUGGUCUUCUCUUUUUGCAUCAUUUUGCAAGGUGAUUAUUUUGGACAUAGAUUACUGUGAUGUUAACUGAAAAGCUCAACGAGAAAAACAAACAUUAACUAAACAAAAAAGCAUUACUCCAAAAUCAUUCAAGGGUGCAAAUUGUUUUUCUGCAAUGUUCCCUAUUGUUUUGUUGUGGUUGCUUGAAAUUUUGUUUUAUUUUUAUCGUUCUUGUCAUUGUAUGUAUUUACGACCAUUAUUUGUUCUAUAUUUUAACACUCAGGAACUGGCGUUGAUGUUUCCUUGGCAUACACUGAAGGAUAAUAAGGAUACCAGUGAGAAUCAACCAGUACUUCCUCCCAAGUAAGCUAAAAAAAGUUUUGAUCUUAGACCUCAAAUGUAGUAGUGUAACGAUUAAUCGAAUUCUUGAUUAAUUGCGAUUAUGACCGUUCGGUUCGAUUCACGAUUCUUUGCUUCCACAUUUCAAUUUUGCUUUGAUUUUUCCAUAUCUUUUCCAGGUUGCCCUCAGUGAGUUAUUAUAUUGUAGUUCAUGCACCAUUUUGUGUUGCCUGGUAAAAAUGCUGUCCUUCAACCACUCCUUGAGAACCAUCUUUGUCAGGUUCUCAAACAGGCUAUGAACCAAGCGACUGUGAAUCCUCCUGUCCCUGUUACUAUUCUCAAAUUACAUUAUGUUAUAAGAAUUAAGAAACAUUUACAUAAUCGAAUCGAAACAAUCGAAAUCAAAUUGAAUCGCAAGGAAUAUGAAUCGUUACACCCCUACUCAAAUGUAGUCAAAUUCAAAGUGAAAACAAAGUAUUAACUACAACACCAGAAUAUGAUUAUGCAUAAAAAUAACAAAGUAGUGUAAGUGCUUAGUUUGCCUCACAUAAUUUUCUGGAGACUCAAGAGCUGGAACUACAUUUUUAGUAAUAGAUACCCCUAUAUCUAACUUGAGACAGUGUUUCAUCACAAGAUCAAACACUGCGAACAGAAAUGAAAAUAUGACUCACAGCAAGUUAAUUAUCUCAGUGUGGUGUAAAAAGAAGUAGAGAAAAGAAGCGGCUGGUGUAAAAUACAGCUCACUUUUCCACAGGUCAGAGUACAGGUCAUCAUGAUACAGAUAAAUGAAUAGCAUUAAAAGUUUCUCGUAGCCCUAAUCCCUUAACAAAAUGCUCUAUUAGAUUGAAAGAAUCUGCAGGGUUUGGUAAUUCAUCGAUGGGGCAGUGACCUGUACUCCUGACUUGUGGAAUGUGACAAAAUAAUCAUGCAAAUUUUAGUUAUCACUAAUGUGAACUGCCUCCUCACUGCCUUGAUUCUCAUUCACAUCUAUUUUACCUUGUGCAGUGGAUUCAUUGGACCCAGUAUUUGCUUUGAUAGCUGGGAUCAUGCUUACGCCUGUGUGGAGGAUUCCGAAAGAAAAUCAGAUCCUAAACCUUCAAUAACAAUCCAGUCUCCCCCUCCUGAGUCCGCAUCCAACUGCCCUGAAACAAAAGGUAGGAUUGUUUUACACAUGUACGCAUCUUUCUGGUACACUGAGUUGUAUUAGCAGCCUGGGCCCAGUUCCUCAAAGGAUGGUUUAGUGUAACCCAGGAUUAAGCCAAAUUUUAAGCAAGGUUUUCUUGUCUUUGAGCAGGUACCUCGAGCUUACAUACUUAAUAUUGAGAUUUGAGAUACAGUAAUGCCAGCAUAAAAUGUUUCUCCCAGAAAUAUGUAGGAAGGUAAAUUCAAAAAUUGAACAAAAUUUUAAUCCUGGAUUAGUGCUAAUCAACUUUUCAUAAACUAGGCCCCGGUGUGUGUGUGUGUGUGGGGGGUGGGGAGAGGGGUUGGGAGGGGAGGGAAUAUCCGUAUGAAAAUGAUGGGUGCUUGAGGCCUUGGGGGAGGGUGGUAAAUUGGUUGCUUGGUUUUGUUAAAAGGUGAAUUUUUCACUAGUAAACUUGCUCAGAGACUGUCCGUACUUUCCAUUUACAGAUAAUGAAGAAAAGAUGGAGAUUGACAAUGAGAAUAUUGCAGAAAAAACAGUUAAAAACGAAGAACCAAUGGAAUUGGACGGCAACAGUGAAGAAAAGAGGCAGUCAUUAAUUGAGGUAAAGCAGAUACUAUGUCCAAUUUUGCACCCAGGCUUAACGGUCAGACAGUUUCUUCCAUCACGUUAGGAGACACCAUUUUAUUCAACCGUAGCAAAAAGCAGUAAAUAGCCAGGGAUAUUCCAGGUUAUUGAAGCUGAUUUGGUAAAUACAGAAACUCAUAAGGGGUUGAAACGUGUAACUCUCAUGUUUUCGCAAAUACUAUAUUUGGAUCGAGAAGAAAAGAUAACUGACCAAUUAAACUUCGUAAAAGACGUGACGUAAUUUUAGUCCGCUCACCCGCGAAAGUUCAGAAAAUAGGGAGCUUGCAACAACGAGCUGGACGGCUACGAAAAUGUCUCUUAAAAAGUGAAUUCGUGAAAACUUUAUCGAGCCUGUUCCAUCUCGUUCAAUUCGACAAAUGUUAGCAAAUGUUUCUGGAGGUGAAUUCUAAAGACUGUAUCGAAGUACAGGAAAGAAAAACAAAGUCGUUGUCUUGUGUUGUCGCCCUCCCCAAACGAUAAAUUAGGCACUCUCACGUUGUAAUCGUACAUUGACGGCAAAAAAUGUACAAAAGAAGCUUGAACGCGAGUUACACGUUUCAACCCCUUAUGAGUUUCUGGUAAAUAUUAAUGACAUUUAGUAAAAUCCAACUAGUGGUCUAUUAUCAUUGCUACGUUCUGAUUGGCUGAGCUACUACUUGGCUAUAUGCUAUAGCCCACUGGUAGGAAAAAGCGCCGGCUUUUCGGCAGCAAAAAGGGAUUAACGCCUAGCUUUAACUAGCUACAGUUGUUUUGUCUCGAUAUUUUCGACCAACUAGUUGGAUUUUACUAGAACAAUUUUUCCUCUCGCCCUCUUGGCCUCUAAGUCAAUAGCCCAUUCGGGCUCGAGGAAUAAUUGUUAAAUAUCUACCAGAAAAAUCACCAUCCAGUGGAUAAACCGUGCGUAUAAACUAAAUGCUUUAUCCGAUAGCGAUUUAUCCAGUGAGCAAAGGGGGGCAGGAGAACUUCCUCUAAUGGCCUAUACGGGAAGACCCCGCCCGAAAGGGGUACAUUUUUCAGGCUUCAGGUAUAUGAAAGGGUAGGGAUUUCACUAGUUGAAGUAUAUGAAAAGGAAGGGAAAUCUGUCAUUUCUGUCUGUAAAAAGGCCCAAAAGGGCUAACAAAUGCAUUUUAUGGUUGUAAAAGUCUAGGUUUCACUGUCGCCCUACGUGGGAUGAAACAUUGGUCUUCAUGUAGAUGAAGAGGAUGACUUGUUAAUGACCUAGAUUAGUAAGACAUUAAACACUAUCCUUUUGCCCAAGCUUCGUUGUUAAUUUUCAGGAGGACACCAGACGUUGUCUUCUGUGUGGUGUCACAAGAGAUGCCGAACCCUCCGGCCCUGGCCGCCUCAUUUGUUGUGGUUUGGAUGAGUGGGUGCACGUGAAUUGUGGCCUUUGGUCUGCAGAAGUGUUUGAAGAUGAUGAGGGCCGAUUGCAGAAUGUUCAAGCGGCUUUGUCUAGAGGCAAACAAAUGGUGAGAGUGCUUUUGACUGUUUUUGUUUAUCUUGAGAGCAAGCUGUUGUGGUGUCGUAACCUAUUCCGGGGGUAUUUACACUUGUACCAUUUUCAUGGGACAUCCGGUAAUUCCGGUAGGAAAUCAAAUGGUUCCCGCCAUUCCGUGAUUUGAGGCGAUGCAAGUGUUGCAUUGUGUAGCCACGUCAAGUCAAACGCAAUGCGCCCAGUAUUGCAAGCAGUGUGCGAAAUGCUGUGUAAAACAUUGCCGCGUGUAAGUGGAAUAUGUUGCUCGCAAUAAAGCAAUAUUGUUGUGUACGGGCCUUGUGGUUACACUAAGUGUUGCAUCGUGUAGCUGUUGUAGCUAGAUUUCAGGUUAAAUCAGUAUUCAACUUAGCUUUAGUUAAAAUUUACAGUUUCCUAGCCCCAGUUAUUCAUAGCAGACAAAGGAAAUUCUGAAAUUCUGGUUAAACCUGAGAACAGAUUUUACCUACAACAUAGCCACGUUAAAUAAAACGUAUUGCACCCAAUAUUGAAAGCAGUGUUGUUCCCUGUGUCCGAGCCUUAAUGUUACAGCGUAUAACCACGUUGAGUGAAACGUAUUGCGCCAAUAUUACAAGUACUGUUGUUGCUGUGUUUGGGCCAAUGCAAGUGGCGACAUUUGCUAACUUAUUUGUUCUGUUUUUAGAAAUGCGAAUACUGUGGAGAGGUAGGAGCUACUGUGGGGUGUUGUGAGCCUAGAUGUCCUAUGAAUUAUCACUUCAUGUGUGCAAGAAAAGCGGAAGCUCAGUUUCAAGAUGACAAGAAAGUUUACUGCGCCCAGCAUUCCUUUAGGAUAAAGAAAGAGGUUGGUUCUUGUGGAAUGGAUGAUAUUCACUGAUUUCUUGAUUUCUGAAUGAAGGUUUUGAUUCUAAGGCUAUGCUCACACGUUACUGAAUAUCUCCUACGCCAGCACGAAAACCAUUCCGGAUAGGUCUUCUUAGACUUUCUAAAAGUCCCUUUUCUUCCUCGUUGGUUAUGACAUUUUGAAGGACUUUUCACACCUUUUUGGCGCAAAAUUCACCGGUCGAAAAUUCUACCGGUGACGUCAUGACAACUGACUAAUAGGACAGCAUAUACCGCUCCCGACACAGCAUAUGUCAAUCAUUCUUUUCCCGCGUAAAUUUAUAAUAUGGUUCAAAUCCAUUUAGGCGAAAAAGUCGACCUCAAGACUUCGUCGCUCGCUCGGUCGCAACGCGACCUCAGUCAUGUAUUGAAACUCGACUUGAGCAAGUCUAAGGAGGUCGACUUGUAGCAAGUCUAAGGGCUUCUGUUCAGACGUAACAACAGUGAUUUCAGCGCGAUCUCUGUAACGAAGCUGCGUCGCGCCGAUCUCGAAAAGUAGGGUGUCAGAUAUCGAAUAGGUUCUUUGCCUUAAGCCUCACUUUGGUGCACUGUGAACAGGUAUUCGGACCGUAAUGGAAGAGGAUAAGUAUAGGAACGAGUAGCCUGUGUACAAACCCCCCCCCCCCCCUCCCUCCCCUAAGGAAAAAUCGGAGAGGAGAGCAGGGGUCUGUACACAGGCUAAGGAACGAGAGUCCACAAAGACGGAAGUAAAUAUUCAGGAGUGAGGACUGGGAUUUAGUUAACCAAACUCUCUUGGCCAACCGCCCCGGCACGAUGUCCUGUGUGUGAACAACGUAUUUAGGUUCUGUGCCUUGCUGUUGACACUAUGCCUGAUAGCUGUUUGUGGCUGCACCAAUUUUAAGGCAUCCAGUAUAGUAUGAACAUAGCCUAAAUCCUAGGGAGAAUAAAACUCACUAACCAGGUCCCUAGGGAUCUCUAGACUCGCACGUGAUCAGAUCGUGUACCUUAAAACGGCGGAAAAUCUGUGUGUUGAUCGCCCCAAGCAAAUAUAUAUAUAUAUAUAUUUUUUACUGCCAUGGGCGAGGAACGAGUUGAGUUGCGAGGUAUGACUAAACACCUAAAUAGCGAACUUUGUUUCUUAUGAGGGCAGCGUGCAAAGAAAGUGGAUUUUGCUAUCGGGCUAGUGAUUUUUCUUCUUAACUUACCUGACAGGCAAGUGCUGUUUUUUGGGGGAAAUUCAAAUUACAGAAGGAUUGUAAUCAAUCCUGCUAAUCAAAAAGGGUGUUGGGGCUAGUUGAAAUGACUUGUGGGCUAGUACAUGCUAGCUACAGCUUACCCGAAUGGCAGGCUGUAAAACUGACUUUCUUUGCACCCUGGAGGGCCUUGCGAUUUAAAAUAUCUCUUUUCUCUCUUUGUAGCUGUUGAUGGAAAAUGAUGAUUUCUGUGUGGAGCGCCGUGUUUGCGUGGACAUGAGCAAAAUCCGAGCAACUAAGAAAUUUUCAAGAGGCUUCCAGCCAAGCUCUAUUAACCUUGUGCAAGGUAACGUGCGUGCUAAUUAUAGGAAAGGUUACAUUUGCCACUUUGGUUACUUAAAAUUCUUUUAAAAAAUUACGAGUUUUCAAGAAUCUGAAGGUUUUUGUCUUUAUUUCUUCUCUAAAGGCUCCCUCACCAUGGAAAACAUGGGCAAACUGAGCGAAUAUUCAGACACAAAACAGGCGUUAUAUCCCAUUAAUUACAGGUUUGUAUGUUUUAAUAAAUAUGACCAUGAAUAUCUAAAUUUAAAUUAAAAUGUUGAAAGGUUUUAACCCCGGAGUCAUUUCAUAAGUACGUGGAGCUAUGAUCAUGCUCCGAACUACGAAGAGCUAGCAAACCUCGAUCAAAGUCAGGUCAUGUGGCUUUUGUUGCUUUUAGACGGUAAUGUCUCUUAGUUUAAAUGUUGGAACUUCGUAACUCUUUUAGUAAAUAAACCUUUAUUUUCAUUGGUCUUGAAAACACGCCUUCCAUCCCUUUUAUGGAGCUAACGAGAGAGAAUGCGUUCAUUUUCUUUUGGGAGCGAGUUAAUAAUCAACUCACGGGGGUGUUGUCCCUUCCUAAUUUGCGAAAAAACAGAUCAUUGUACCUGAAAAUGAAAGGGCUAUAGGCUACAUUUUUAGGGAACAGAUACGCCGUUCGCGUGUUCCGCCUGCCUUACGAUCUCUGGGGAUAAUAAGGAACUGCUCAGGCGUAGUCUUUAUAUGUCGGUUUUUUUCUGUACUGUGAAUAUGAAUAAGGUAUGCUGUUACUUAUCUUUGUUGAUGUUGUUGUUUGUCAGAGUAAGUCGUCUAUACUGGAGUGUGAAGGAUCCGACCAAACGGUGCCGUUAUUAUUGCACAGUUGAAGAGAAGAAAGUCAAAACAUUUGUGAAGAAAUCACACUCAGAAAAAGAAAAGGAGUUAAAAGACCUACAAGACUUACACAAAGUUAUUUCCCAUGAAGAGAUUAAAAAAAAGGAAAAGGCAACUAAACACUUACCAUCAUCGCACGGAGAUGUUAAAGAAAUAGUUCAGCCUCGCGUCAGCAACAAAUCCAAUGAUUUGUUGAACAGUUCUUAUGCAAAGAAACUGAAAAAAAUAGCUCCUCAUCCUGGGCCUUCGCUAAUUAAUCACACUACUUUUCCUGGAGUACUCUUUAAUGAUGCAAGCUUGGUCGCUUCAAACGCAAAUUCGCAUUUAGCUAAACUUCGAAGAAUUCUUCCUGCUCCUCAAAAACCGCCAGCUUUACAAAUUUCUCCGGCGAACUCACCGAGUAAACUGCUUCAGCACUUAGCUCAGCAAAGCAAGCAUAUACCAAGGAUUUUAAGCAAUGCAUAUGCCCGCCUACCACAGAAACCUCCUCAAAAAUCUACCCCGACAUCGACACCAACAGCUCAUAGAACUAGAAAAAGCCCUCCUGUAGCUAAGAGAACUUCUAGCCUCGACGAGAGUAUUCCGCAGACUGUAAGACAAUUAAAUUGCGAUCACGAAGUUGUGGCAAAAACAGCUGAUGCGGAAAUUUCUAAUUCGCCUGUUAAGGAUAAGUCUGCUAAUGCUUGGUUAACGAAUCUAAGAGACCGUGCAAGUGUUUCAAACGUGGAGGAACUCCACGUCAAGUUCGUUAUCACAAAUGAUGAAGGGUUCAAGAUAGAGGCUGACACUUGUGAAGGUAGGAUAUAGAAGCCUUUUUACCCCCCCCCCCCCCUCCCUUGCGAGUCUCCUUCCGUCUUCUUCUUGUUCCAGGAGAAGAAAAGGAGUCUGCGUAAAGCCUUUGAAGUCGCCGCAGCCCGAACGUCUGGACCAGUCAAUCUUACUUUUUUUCGUCAAACUGGUUUUUCGAGUGCGAGCAUCUGUUUAUUGACAAGCGGAUGGUCAUAACUGCCCACUGAAUCAAGCGCACGGCUGUUAGGCGUGGAUCAUUCUCUUCCCCAGAGCCACUCGGCUUAAUUUGUGUUUCAAGACCACGUGACCAUGAAACGACGGACUCUGGGGACGAGAAUGGUGUGGAUUCGAAAUUGUAUCGCAGCAUGAAGCGCAUGCUCAGCGAUGGUUUUACUCGUUUCUCGCGUACGCCAAAAGAAAGGCUCUGACAUAGCCCUUAAGUCUAGCCAAUCAGAACACGGUUGCUUUAUGUUGUAAUAGAAAAGAUAUUUAGAAGUAAAAGCAAAAACCAUUCACAUCAUAGUGACUUGCUCACAAGCGUUUUUGCCCUUUUUUUCGUCGGGUCUCCACGCUCUAAGAUUGGUUGAAAUAAUAUUGUAGCUGUUUCUUAACAGAAGUAAAAGGUAGAAAAAUCGUGUUACCAUAACCUGCUCGCACGCGUUUUUCUUUUCCCGCGCUUUGAAGCCGCUACAUAUAAUUGCUCCGAGAUGUGAUUGGUCCAUUUUAUUGUUAGUUCGUGUUGUGACUGGUCAGUUAAUUUAUCUUAGUUUUGCUGUUCAAAACUAGUCUAUACAACAGUAGUAGUUUUUCGUUCCUCCCUAAUUAUUCUCUGGUAUGCAAUGACACUGACUUUUUUCUUUUGUGUUUAAUCUCAGCUGCGUGGAAGCAGGUUUUCGAUAUGGUCCAGGAAGCGAGGAUUGAUCGACGUUUGAAGCUGGUUCCCUUUGCAGGUUCUCAGUAUUGUUUUGUUGUUGUAAGGGUUAUGAAGAAGUGUCCUGCAUGUCGUAAACGAAAAAAAAAACUAGUAGCACUGUUAAAUGUGUAAAACGUGCAUUGCUUAUUUCAGUAAACCAACAUAAUAUUGGAAGUGAUAUUAUCUUUUUUUUGAAGAUUGCUUUAAUAUCUAACAUGUACCACCUUUCUAUAUCUGGGCAAUUCAGUGUUUCUCCUUCAAAGGAUCUGCAAACUAAGUUGAUAAAACCCAACUGUUGUGUUUCGCAGUUUCGCCAACACAGCUCCGCAUUUUUAAAUAAUUCCUUGUAUUCGUUGCUGACAGGUUAUGAUUUGUUACUUUGCAGGUGUGAAUGGAAAAGCAAUGUUUGGAGUACGUCAGGUAAGUGUCUUGGAUGACGUCAUUAAUGAUGAUGAUGAUGAUGAUGAUGGUGGUGUUGAUGAUGAUGAUGAUGAUGAUGAUGAUGAUGAUGAUAAUGAUGGUGACGACGAUACUGACCGACAGACAGAAAGACUGACACUUUAUUUCAACACGACGUUUCUUCAAGUUUAAGACGCUGGUUUCCAUAAAGCCGUGCAUGCAAUAAAAUAUCAAAACAUGAUAAAUAAUUACAAAAAUUGCAGAUACACAAAACUGAAAAAAAAAUUAAUUAGUGCGCUGGAGACCGAGGUUUCGCACAGAUUUCCCAAAAAUCUCGAGGCGGUUGUGCUUCAAUUAUAGUUGGGAGGAAAUUCCAUAGAUUAGCACCGCGAUGGGAAAAGAAAGGAGGAGGGCAGAUGUCGUGAAAUAUUGUCAGUAACUAAUUAAAGAAACAAAAGAUGACAUGGUAGGAAAAUUUACAUGUAAAAGAAAAAGCAUGCAAGCUAAAAAAGGUAACGUUUUUCCUUGCUGACAUUUUCAUUUAGGGAGGGUUUUAAAUCCUUUCAUAACAUAAAAUGGGACCAUUUCGAAUAUUUGGCAAGAGGACGGUCGGACACCCAUUGCAAGAUACAGGAGACUCUGUAGCAUAGCAUAUGUGUUUUUUUGUUUCUUUAAUUAGUUACUUACUCUAAGCCAAUCAAAUUGUGGAAAUUUCUCAUGUAGUAGUAUAACUAUUGUUAUUCAACGGUUUGUUGUCAGUAACAAUUUUGAUGACUUGUUUUUCUGUUUUAAAGGAAUCGAUCGUGUCCAUGUUGGAACAGUUACCAGGGGCCCAUCAAGUCAAGCAUUACUCCUUCAAGUAUAACCCACCGUUUGACAUAAGCAGUUUAGAAGGAACUGCUGAGCAGGUGAGGCUAAAAGUCUUUCUCGUCGAUUUUGAAUCAAUUUAACACUAAAAUAAUAUGAAAUUUUUCUUUUUCACAGGUCUUAAAAGAAAAUCCGCAUGGUUGUGCUAGAGCUGAAGUGUUUAACAGGUUAGCAAAUAACUGAACCCCUUUUAUCACUAAUUAAAUGCUACCUCAACAUCUCGUGAACGUGCAAAGAAGUUCAUUCACAGACUUGAAGUUAGAAACAUCUCCUAUAGGAUGACAAACAGCACCAUAUAAUAAUAAUAAUAAUAAUAAUAAUAAUAAUAAUAAUAAUAAUAAUAAUAAUAAUAAUGAGUAAUUUUUUAAACAGGCUUCUAGUAGAGAUAAUUAUAUCAUGUCUUUGCGCAGGUUUUACAGAGUAUAAAAACUUAAUAAUAUUCUAAAUUGGCUUUUUAAGUAAAGAGAUUCAUAUCAUUAUGUUUAUUAGGAUCGUAUUAGGUUUCGCACCGACCUUUUUUUACUUCUAAGAGUAGCUUCUCAAGUGGUGUAGGUUACGUUAUGCGCCCUAUACUACUCAUAUUGUGAACAGCAUUCCAAAGUUUUAUACUGCGAGGUAAUAAUAAUAAUAACAAUCUUUAUACAGGGAGCUCACUUCACAAAGGGUGAUAUUCAGUGAGGCCCUGUAUGAAAUUACAGGCUGCCCUGUAAAGACUCCACGCGGCCGGGCUCAAACUUAAGACAACCCUGUGCAGCUUAAUAAACGAUACUACCGAAAAGAAAUUCUGUGAGGCUUUCAUUUCAAUGCUCACACUUUAAAUUUCAUCCACAGACUCAAAAGUUAGAACCACAGCAUAAUCGACCCGUACCACAGGAGAGUACUGCUCAGUAGGUUUCAUUUUAAUUCAUCUCACCCUAAGAUUGCGUCCACAGACUCAAAAGUUGGUUCAUUGUACAUUUCACUUCCCACUUAGGGCAAAAUGUUGGCUUAGGGGAGGGGUAGGUGGACAGUUUCUCAGAAACGUAUAAUGGUCCCUAAACUUAGACCCACCUUGUAUAGCAUAGUAAUCAACACCUUGGAAAGUACUACUCAGUAGCUUUCAUUGGAAUAUUUUGCACGUCAGAUUCAGAAUCACUAUCAAACUCUAUCCAUAGUCCUUAUUACUCAUUCCAAUCCUUUCUACUUGUGUUCCUUUUAGAUCCAAAAAGUACGACAUGUUUGCCUUCUUGGCGUCAGUCCAUCGUGUACCUCCUCAGUUGGAAGAAGGUUCAGAGGAGCAAGAGAAUGCAGAACAGACUCGAGAUGGACCGCUUACUGUUAAGUAUGUAUGCUCUGAAUAAACCACAGAACGUUGACGUCACUUACAUUUUUUUGGGCAGCGAAAUUCUUUGAGCAAAGAUGGCAGUAAUCAGUCUAUGUGCGAAUUCCGCGUCUACGGUGUUAAUUUUCAUUUAAGAUGCUGUAUGCGUUCCUUACCAACAUGGUGUCUUGGUAGAACAUGUCUUUUCAAGAAAGAAAAAUUGCUUGCUGUUCUGUGCUAGCAUUAUAUUUUAUUAAUCAAAGAUUAAUCCACACCUUUAAGGGAGUGAAGGAGAAGGAAAAUGUCUGUUGCUAAUGCUCGUAAGCGAACAAGAGCGCAUGCGCCAACAAAGACUGUAUUAUCACAGGGUUAUCACAGGCAGAUCACCCUCUGUUGGUGUGGCAGUUGUUGUUAUUGAAAUCUGAGCGUCGAUGAUUUGUACUCAGUAGAAGAAAUACUGAUGGCCAUUACGGCGGCUACAAUUUACUCCAAAACGCACAUGUUAACGUAGAUGUUUCAAUAAAAGUUCAAGCGAAAUGUUAACUUUGUCAGUUGUGGCUCCAAUAUUACGAUUUGCGACUAAAUCAUUUUGGUUUGAACAAUUGGAUCAUUGUACGUUUCUGGGAAACUUCCCACCCACCCCUCCCCCUAAGCCAACAUCAACUCCUACUUCUCACUAAGGGCAAAGGUUGGCUUAGGGGAAGGGUAGGUGGGCAGUUUCCCAGAAACGUAUAAUGGUCAAAAUGUGUGCUCAGGGGAGGGGUAGGUGGGUAGUUUUCCAGAAACGUAUAAUGAUCGAACAAGUUACUUUGCAGACGUCCGACCUGCCUUGACCUUCCAAUGGCCAUGAGGUACCGCCACCUUAAACAGUGUCAAUUCAACAAGGAUGCCGUUGCUGUAUACAGGUGUGUAUUUUACCGUGCCAUUAGCCUGCGAGCAAGCUUCCAUUUAUGGCGGGUGAAGAAAUCCGCGAGAGAACGCGCGAGUACCCCUCUCACUCGCUACUCCUUUUGCGUGCUGCUCUCGCGUGACUUCCCGCGGCUCCCCCAAAUGGAGAGCUUGCUCUUCCUUAGAACCGGCCGUUUAAUUCCUCAACUUCCACGGAUGCCUCUAGUUAAAUAAUAAAGAAAUCCCCGAUUCCUGGAAAAAAGAAACUUGCUUGUAAGCGAGGCUUUAGCCUUUAUGUAACUCUUUAAGAAAGCAAAGCGGCAGACGAAGAAAGCAGAAAAUAGAUACGGGCAAACAAAUGUUGUGAAGCUGCAAGGUAAGAAAACUUUUACCGAUGAGGAGGUCGAUUUUCAGUUUGGUUAUUACAAUUUGCCCCCAAACCAAUCAAGUCAAUAACCAGAGUUUAAUACCAUCAACUGACGUGACACAACAUCACUUUGACUCUGAAGAUGCGGACUACUGGAGUCGUUGUCGAAACAUUAGUCGCUGUCAACAACAGCCCUGCUUAGGACUAUGAUCACCCUGACGAUCAUGUCGGCUACCUAUUUGUGAGAUGACUCCAGGGUUCAAACCUGUCACUGAUUAGUUAACCGUGGUGGCAAAGUAAAUUUGCUUGCUUAUUCGUUUCUAUUUUAAUUUUCUUUCAAUGCAGAUCUCCCAUCCACGGCCGUGGUUUAUAUUGUACUCGUAACAUCGCUGCGGGCGAGAUGGUGAUCGAGUAUUCUGGAAUGUUGGUGCGGUCCGUUCUUACGGACAAACGGGAGAAAUACUACGAGAGUAAGGUAUGAUCUUUAACAACUUGUGGCAGAAUCUUUCGCGUUGUGCUGGCAAUGGUAAUGAAUUUAUCACAUUCUUUGUGAGGAUUACUUUCUCAAGGUGCGCGUUCAAAAAAGCGAGUAUUUUUAAGAUGAGCCUGCGUAACAGGCGCACAAAAAAAUAUGGGCACGCGGCAAGCUAUGCGUGCGAGAGAGGACAACACGCUCGAGGUGAGAGGUAGAUUUUUCUUCUGGCGCGCAUCCCCCUUGCUCUUUGCCUCAGCUUUUGCUUGUGCUUCAUAUUGAUUUUUCGUGCGCCUUCUGCGCAGGCUUCUUAAAGCGUGAGUCUAUAAACGAGCAGGCAAAUAACAGACUUAAACUUGCUUUUGGCGCACUUUGCGGGUGUGGCUACCCUGAUCGACUGUGGGAGGUUUUUUCGCUCGAUGACUUGUUUAUUUCCGGAAACUGAAGCCUAUUUGGGAAGCUCUUGGGUAGAGCCUUUUAUUAGAUCUAGAAACUUCUUGUAAUACAAGAAAUUAACUCCAUAGAAUUGGCAGUUUUUCAGUUAGUCGCUUUGUAUGAGUUAGGAUCAAAGAUCCAUCUGCCUGUCGAUCCAUUAUCACUAAUUUGUUUUAUUUUUCAGGGUAUUGGCUGUUAUAUGUUCCGUGUUGAUGGUACUUACGUUGUCGAUGCCACCAUGUGCGGAAACGCUGCCCGCUUUAUCAACCACUCCUGCGAGGUAACUAACCAGCUUCUCUAUUCAAAUUAGUUACGUUUGGCCCUGUAUAAAACGUUAUGUAAAUACUGUAAUACAAUCAAGCAACAGUUUUUUUUCCCAUUUAGUUAAAUCUGAUUUCUAUUUUAUCGUCCGGAACAGGCCAUGUCUGUGUGGCCCCAGCCUCUGUUUUAAAACGAGGCUAAGUGCGAAGCCAUUGAUAUGAAAAUGAGUUAUUACUCUCAUGCAAAUAAAACUCAUUUUCACAAGAAAGGUUUUGCACUUAGCGUCGUUUUGAAGGUGAGAGAUAUGGCUUACUCUUCUCUCCCUUGAGUCGUCUCCAGAUUCAAGAGGUGUUCGGCGAUCGAGUCCUUUAUCAGUAUACGCGAGAGACUGGGUAGGUGUUGCGUCGGAUAGCACAGCGCAUGAAUGACGUCAGAGUGACUAAUUUGCAAUGUUGGUCAGACUUAUCAUUUUGUGUCAUUUUAAUGACAAAUGUCAGAUAAACAUGACAUUUUUCGUGACUAAAUACAAACAAAAGUGAACAAGUCGCUUUGUCGGAGAUUUAGUUCUAUAAAUAGAAACUGUAUGCAACGCUAUCGAACUAUGGACUAUUUGGGGACGUGAUCUCUUCUCUCAUUGGCCAUCACAAGGUUGCGCUAGAGACUGGAUCAGAAUGUGUCCUUCAAAUCAGUACCACAGUGCAAUUCGACACGACACCGACCCAGUCUCUCGCCAAACUUUAAAAUGGCCAAUGAAAACAACCCUGAUGCGAUGCCGAACGAUUGGGUCAAAUCGCCUGGAGAGAGCUGAUGUCUACGUAUGGGCUGGUUUUCCAUAUAGUUGCAGCGAUUCGGACGAUAAGAUGAAAACCAGGCUUCAGGAACCGAACCCAGAGUAAAUGGGACCAAGCGCAAUAUUUUACCAGCUUGAAACAUUUUAUGUUUCAGAAAGAUUAACUCUUUUUCCUCUUUUUCAGUCCAACUGCUAUUCUCGCGUUAUUAACGUGGAUGGCCAGAAGAAAAUCAUUAUCUUCGCCUCAAGAAGGUAUCGUUCUUCCUUUUUNUUGGUCAGACUUAUCAUUUUGUGUCAUUUUAAUGACAAAUGUCAGAUAAACAUGACAUUUUUCGUGACUAAAUACAAACAAAAGUGAACAAGUCGCUUUGUCGGAGAUUUAGUUCUAUAAAUAGAAACUGUAUGCAACGCUAUCGAACUAUGGACUAUUUGGGGACGUGAUCUCUUCUCUCAUUGGCCAUCACAAGGUUGCGCUAGAGACUGGAUCAGAAUGUGUCCUUCAAAUCAGUACCACAGUGCAAUUCGACACGACACCGACCCAGUCUCUCGCCAAACUUUAAAAUGGCCAAUGAAAACAACCCUGAUGCGAUGCCGAACGAUUGGGUCAAAUCGCCUGGAGAGAGCUGAUGUCUACGUAUGGGCUGGUUUUCCAUAUAGUUGCAGCGAUUCGGACGAUAAGAUGAAAACCAGGCUUCAGGAACCGAACCCAGAGUAAAUGGGACCAAGCGCAAUAUUUUACCAGCUUGAAACAUUUUAUGUUUCAGAAAGAUUAACUCUUUUUCCUCUUUUUCAGUCCAACUGCUAUUCUCGCGUUAUUAACGUGGAUGGCCAGAAGAAAAUCAUUAUCUUCGCCUCAAGAAGGUAUCGUUCUUCCUUUUUCUUAAGUCUUGUAUUGCGUACGGGACUAUUUGACGAUGUUUAGCGCAUUGUUUUGAUUUUUGAUUGGUGGAUUUCGAUCCGUUUUGUGUGUUUCUGUGUUUCAGCAGCGAAAAACGCAAUUGUGAAGGCGGCUUUGAACUUCAGACUUCGCCUGUUUUUGAAAAGCGCAGUAAUCCUCAAAAAAGAGAGUUUUCUGUUUUGCUAAAUAUCCUCUGUCCCCCCUAUUCAGUGUGGGGAUAUAACAGAACAAUUACGCUCACAAACAUUAACGUUUCGCUCAACAUUGGGCCAGGGGCGGAGAGAGGAAGGAAAAAAGAGGUUAAAAAUAGCAGGCCUUCCCAUAGCCUGUGUACAGACCCCCCCCCUCCCGAUUUUUUCUGAGGGAGGGAGGUUCUGUACACAGGCAAGCCUUCCCAAAACUUUUGUCGAUUGUAGUUAAGACCAUUUGUGAAAGAAGUCAAAGCAUUUUCACCAAGAUGAUCAUUUUAUUAAUUCGCGUAUUUUUUUUUCUCUUGAUUAUGUAUUGACAGAAACUCAAAACUGGUUGAAACGUGUAACUCACGUUCAAUGGUAAGCUUCUUGGUUUCAACCUUUGAAAGCUUACUCAGCUUCCGGAAGUUUUUCCCCUGUUUGUCGGCCAUUUUUUUGGGGGGGGGCGGGGGGUGGGGGCGCGGGAACAUGAAGUAAAAUUACGUCAAGUCGUUUACGAAGUUUGAUUGGUCAGCUAUCUUUGCUUCUCGUUCCAAAUAUGGUACUUUUGAAACUGAAUAAUCACGAGCAUCGGAGAAAGCAAACAUAUGAGAGUUACACGUUUCAACCGCUUAUGAGUUUCUGGUGUUGAUAUCUUUAGGAGAAAAUUGAUGUUGUUCACUCUUAAGAUUUCAAGGGUUAAAACCAAAGCGCUCCUUGUUUGGUGCCGUACAGAGUAAAAAUAGAAUUCAAUUAUUGAAAUAACAACCGUGAUGUUAUUUCAUUCACGGUUAUGUUUGCUAACCACUGUCUUUUCUAAUUGUCAUUUCAGUAUAUCCAGAGGGGAAGAACUGACAUAUGACUACAAAUUUCCAAUUGAAGACGAGAAGCUGCCUUGUCUUUGCAAAUCUAAACACUGCAGAAAAUACCUCAACUGA